CCAUAAUUAAAUACUAUCUCAGCCUUGCAUCCCAUUUACUGUCUAUACUUGAAAGCCGCUCCCUCCCAGAACAGCCAACUCCUCAUCAGACAGCGAGUUCAGCAUUUCCCUACGCGUACGAGACGAUCGAGACCGAUGCCUGAACCAUACGCGGCAGUAUAUACCGGCAACAUAACAGACGGCAACUCGAGAGCCGUCUACGGAAACAUUCAUGGAAAUAUAAACUUUGGUGGUGAGGGAGGUGGCUCGGUUCUCAAUCAGUGUCUCCGCGACUUAAGAGUCACUGACCCGCGCGAGGAUAGAGCACGUAUCGAAGAAGGCAAGGACACGCUGCUCAGAAGUUGCUACGGCUGGAUCUUGAACAAUCCAACUUUUCGGCACUGGAGGACUGCCAAGGAGUCACGACUGCUUUGGAUCCAGGGCGAUCCAGGGAAGGGCAAGACGAUGAUGACUAUGGGCAUCAUCGAUGAGCUGUCACCAGAAGAGAUGUUGCGGCCUAAAAGUAUGAAGGCCGGCUCUAGCCCUGGAUUGGUAGCGUUCUUCUUCUGUCAAAAUGCCAGGCCGCAGCUCAACAAUGCAGUUUCGGUCCUACGUGGGCUUAUCUACAUGCUCGUUAGACAGAAAGAAGAUCUCAUGCCACAUGUACAAAAGCAAUACGAUAUUACGGGCAGCAAGCUUUUCGACGGACCCAAUGCUGUUUAUGCACUGAAAGAAAUACUGUCAAAAAUAUUACAUGAUCCCUCUCUUCCGAUAACAUAUCUUCUUAUCGACGCCCUCGAUGAGUGCGUGUCUGGUCGGCCUGACAUCUUACGCAUCAUCACCGACGACAAACUUGCACCGCGGUCAAAGGUUAAGUGGAUGGUGACAAGCCGUAACGUGCCGGACAUCAAGCGAUACCUACAGCCUGGUUUGCUCGAGGCAAAGGUCAGCCUUGAGGUCAGCACAAGCCAGGUAUCGGAAGCGGUUGCAGCGUAUGUCAGCUAUAAAGUCCAGCAACUGGCGAAGUCAUUGGACUACGAUCCUAGCACCGAAGCAGAGGUGAAGCAAGUGCUUUGCGAAAAAGCAGAAGGCACAUUCCUAUGGGUAUCGCUGGUCUGUAAGGAGUUGGAGGAAGUGCCGCUCUAUCGUACACGAGCGGUGCUGCAAGAUCUACCGCCCAGACUAGAUCCCUUGUACAAACGAAUGAUGGCACAGAUCUUGGCACAGAAGGAUGUUCAAACUGCAAAAUACUGUAAGGACAUCCUCCGAUCGACAACUCUCGCCUACCGGCCGCUCCACCUUGAGGAGAUCGCGAUGGUGGCUGGCCUCCCUAACGAUUUGUUUCACCAGGUGAAGGCAAUUGUCGACCUGGUAAGUCGCUGUGGGUCUUUUCUUACCAUACGGCAAAACAUCGUGUCUUUUAUCCAUUUAUCUGCCAGAGAUUACCUUAUGUCAGAUGAUAGCCAGAAGAUAUUCGGCCAGCCAGCAUCAGAAGAGGCGAAACAAAUAGCUAUCCGCAUUCUCGAUAUCAUGCACAGAACACUACAUCAAGAUAUAUGCAGUCUGAAGUCUAUGAAAAUAGGUAUACAGAAAGCAAAAGACCGAGUGAAGGACAGUAUCCUACCACGGAUUACAUACGCAUGCGAGUACUGGGUUGAUCAUGUGCAGCAAUGUGCGCAGAAUUGUGAUAGUGUUAUCUCGGACGGUGGAAAGGUUGACGAACUUUUUCGAUGUCACUUCCUCCAUUGGGUUGAGGCUAUGACGUUGUUGCAAAAAUUACCCGAAGCUAUUCUAGCAUUACGGAAGCUCCAGUUGGUGAUGAAUAGACCCAAUAGCACUAAAUUGGCUCAAUUUGUACAAGACGCAUUGCUAUUUUUGAUGUGGAGCUCAUCAGGGAUACAGAACAAGCCUUUGCAAGUAUACCGUGGCGCGCUAAUAUUUUCGCCAAAACGGAGCUUGGUUCGACAACUGUGCUUGCAGGAAAUUUCGAAACAGGUUGAGGUGAGGAUAGGCCUCGAAAAUGACUGGGGUCCUAUACCGCAGUCUCUAGAAGGCCACCAUGGCAAAGUGAAGAGCGUAGUUUUUUCACAUGAAGGAGAACGAAUAGCUGCAGCUUCAACUGACGAGACGGUGCGAGUUUGGGAGACACAUACAGGGAAUCUUGUAUGCACAUUUGAAGACCACACAGACUGCGUCAACAGUGUCGUUUUUGCGCCCAAGGGGGACCGAUUAGCAUCAGCCUCGCACGACAAAACAGUGCGAAUAUGGAACGUGACUGGCCAACUACUUCACACGCUUAGGGGGCAUGCGAGUAAAGUAAAUAGUGUGGCCUUUUCAUUCGAUGGAAGCCAGUUGGCAUCAGGGUCGAAUGACAGAACAGUAUGUGUAUGGGAUGCUACAGGUCACUCACUACAUACGCUUGAAGGCCAUACAGACAAAGUCACUAGCGUAGCCUUUGCGCCUCGAGGACAACUAUUAGCCUCGAGCUCCCGUGAUGGAACAAUUCGGAUGUGGGACACAGAAACAGGAAACCUUCUUUACAUACUUGAAUGUUUAAUGGGGUUUGCCCAGAGCGUGGUGUUCUCUCCGACCCGCAACGAACUUGUAUCAGGAUUAAACAAUGGGUGGCUCAGAGUAUGGGAUUUAGAUACUAGGGAGUUUCUCUACACGGCCCAGUGCCAUGUUGGAAAGAUCACCAGUAUAUCCUUACCGGCAGCUGGAGAUCGAAUCGCGUUAGUCUCACGAGAUGGUAUAGUAAAUAUUCGGAACGCAAAUAACCUACGUUCUCUCAAUACCCUUGUAGGUCACCUGGACGGCGCUAAAAGUGUGGCUUUCUCGUCAACAGGCGACAAACUAGUAACAGGUUACUGGCAUGGGUCAGUGCUAGUCUGGGACUUAAAACAUGGACAACUACCACAGACACUCCAAGGCCAUCUCAACGAGGUAUCAUGCAUAGCCUUUUCUCCAGCAGGUGAUCGAAUAGCAUCAGGUUCAUUGGAUAGGACAUUGAAGUUGUGGGAUAUAAAGACAGGGGAGCUGUUACACAUCCUUACGAGCCACAGUGCAAUUGGGAAGGUAGCCUUCUCGCCAGCAGGAAACCGGGUAGCAGCAGGUUCAUUGACUGGAAGAGUGCAGAUAUGGGAUGCGAAUACGGAGGAUAUAUUGUACAGCUUCAAAGCUCAUACGGGGGACAUCGCGACAUUAGUCUUCUCCCCUACAGGAGAUCAACUCGUAUCAGGUUCUACAGAUGGAACGGUUCGAAUAUGGGGCGCAGAAACGGGGCAGCCAAUGCACACUCUGGCAGGCCACACUGAUACAGUUAGUAUUGUAGUCAUUUCGCUAACAGGCGAUCGACUAGCAUCAGGUUGUAGUGAUGGAACGGUGAGAGUCUGGAAUGCGAAGACGGGGAAUCUGUUGUGUACGAAUAGGGACUUCCGUCAACGCGUGGAUGGUUUGGUUUUCCUGCAGGGAUCUCUCCUGGUAUGGCUGGACGAUGCUUUGCAGAGAUCAUUUAGGAAUCUCUUUCCUCCGUCUUACCAAGCUGCAUCUCUCUCCUACAGGCAGCCAGUCAAUCCAUACGGUUAGCACCUCCAUUGGCUUUACUUUGCUUAUUUACUGCAAGGCACCAGACAUAUUCGCAGCCACAUUCACCAGUCCACAACAUCGUUCUAUAAAGGUCAGAUCCUGGAAGUGGCUAGGAGGAAAGAAGUUAUGAAUAUGCGUCGAACUAUUCCAUAGUCCAUUUUCCUGCCCCAAGAUAGACGACUCACUACGCUACAACUGUCUAUGCCCCUCCUCGCCGAAUGCUUUGAUCCUGAACACGGAUACAAGAACUCACGUGAAUGAUGGAA